GGAACCCACAGGCAAUUUUAUAGCUCGUCUUAUUACCUAAGUUUAUUGCAUCGUAACGGUUUAACGAUCAUCGCCUGUUUCCAUAGUCGAGACCACCGGUUUAUGCUUUGCCCGUAGCGGUAACCAUAACAAGACCAUAAAAGUCCCUGCCGCUGGCAUGAAACCCAUUCUGAAUUACAUUCUUACGGUCUACUGACAUUGACACUCUGGGUGUAACCAGCUGUAUCUGCCGAUGACUUUUAUGACCUUUUAAAAUUAUUUAAUGUUCAUUUAUUUAUUUGUUAUCGAUUCUAUUACCUGUCGUUAUCCGUAUUGACAAUUUCUCGCUUUUUUAAGCGCGUACGUUUUAGCUUGAAACAUUAUACAAAAUUGGAAGUUUUAUUUCAGUUUAAUUUGAACAAGUUAAAACGGUAUAACCCGGCAUCGGAGUUGGAGUACGGACUAGUGAAAUUUGACUAGCCGUGUGCACUCCAUGUAAUUGCGGGCCACUUAAACUCUGACCUCGCUUUUUUUUUAAGUGCCGGUGUUUUAGUGUAAGUGAUCCAAAAUACCUGGGAUAAUGAACUCGUACUUUGAGCAGACCGCGGGUGGCUUCUACGGAAGCCACCAUCAUCAAACAGGGGCGACAAGUCAGCAUCAUGAUCCAGCCACCGCAGCAGCAUAUCGAAGCUUUCCACUCGGAUUAGGUAUGUCGCCGUAUGCUUCAGCGCAACAUCACCAUCACACGUCAUCCUCGUUAGGAAUACAUCCAGGUGGUGGAAGUAAUACAAGACCACCUCAAGACUCGCCAUAUGAUGCGAGCGUUGCGACGGCCUGCAAGCUUUAUUCAACGACACCUGAGGCAACCGGUCACACUACAUCCUCAUAUUCAACAACGGCAACGAAAGACUGCAAGCAACAGGAUCAAACGUCGACCCAUCAAAACGGCUAUGCUGCGGUGAUGGCAGCGGCGGCGGUCAAGGACGUUUGGCAGUCAGCGACCUCGGGAGCGAAUAGCCAGAGUAAUUCGGUCGUACGUCCUUCCGCCUGUACCCCAGAGAGUACAAGGGUCAGCAGCUACGGUGGCCUCGUAGGCGGCGAUCCAGCAUCGAGUCCUGGUAACAACAGUUCGUCAAGAUCCCUCACGUCAUCUUGGAACACCUGCAGUUUAAACUCGUCCGCGAGUCAACCGGUCGCCACGCAACUGCAUCAGCAACCUACCAAUCAUACCUUCUACCCCUGGAUGGCUAUAGCAGGGGCGAACGGAAUGCGCAGGCGCGGCCGACAGACCUACACGCGCUACCAGACUCUGGAACUGGAGAAGGAAUUCCACACGAACCACUAUCUUACCAGGCGGAGGCGGAUCGAGAUGGCACACGCGCUAUGCCUGACGGAACGGCAAAUCAAGAUCUGGUUCCAGAAUCGGCGAAUGAAGUUGAAGAAGGAGAUUCAGGCGAUCAAGGAGCUAAACGAGCAGGAGAAACAAGCGCAGGCGCAAAAGGCAGCGGCAGCAGCGGCGGCGGUUGCGCAUCAGCAGCAAGGAGGCGGUGGGGGGCCAGAGGGGGGCAACUAGGGGUACGCCCUGCAUCGGAGCCCCCCUGAUCACCCCACCGCCAAUCCACACCACCCUCUACUAGCACCGCAAUGUACACAGCUGUAUUAAAGGUAAGUGUGAUUUUUAUUAUUUUUUUAUCACUUCAACACUUUUUUAUAAGAAAGCCAUGAUUAACUCUUACCUCACAAUAUGAUCUUUUGAUUGACAAAAGAUCUGUAAAUCUUGUCCAAAUAUGUAGUACAUAAAUAUAUACUACGUGCACAUUACAUUUCUUUGUGUCUACAUUUACAAUAACGAAAUCAAAAGAUUAUCUUUAUUUCCAUAAAAUUGUUUGCUAUUGGAAACAUAGAUUCAAAUAACUACAAGAAUUUUAUUAAUAGGCAAUAUUAUUGUAAUAUUUAUCUUUACUAUUUUAUAAAAUAUUUAAACGUGGUUUUUCACACACAAAAUUUGAUAAUAUAUUAAAAUAUAAAACUGCUGCAGUCCAACACUCUUUGUGGACGAACAAAGCAGACAUACGUAUGCGUUUGAUGCAACAAUUAGGAUUAUGUGCUAUACACAAAAAAAUAAUAGUCGCAUAAACGUUAAAAGCGCCGUUAAAAAUGAGACUUGAGCUUUUAGCAGCAGCGGCUUUAAAAUUAAGUUUACUCGGCGGGCUUAAUGAGGAUAAACCGCGUACGAGCGUGCCUUCAUAAUUUUCUAAGUUACGUUAUUCGCGUGUGUUUAACUUGCACUGAACGUACAUCCCUAGGGAGCGACGAACGCAAACUUGAAAUAUCGUGUCGCGUUUAUCCUGUCGUUUCUGCCAGUACCGAAUAAAAAACUUAUCAGUUUUAUCGUGCUGUGCUGUAAACGAUCUUGCUAAAAUUACGACAUUUCGUAUCGCAUGAGUUUUCUAAUCGGAAUCGAAAACUUGACUUUAACAAGCACAUAAAUUCAAAAGAAGGAAAGUCACUUAGAAGUGAUAGAUUGCCUGAAACAAGUAGAUGACGCCAAAA